GCCAACGACGAUGACGAUCUACUACAACCUGACCUUUCUCCUGCUCGCGGCCGAGAUGGGCACGUUCUGCGUGCUCGUCGCCCCGCUCCCGUACGCGCUCCGCCGCCGCCUCUUCCACUUUCUCUCCGAGAGCCCCGUCGUCGCCAAGCUCGCCUAUGCCCUCAAAAUAUCCUUCAUCUUCGUCGGCAUCCUCUUCGUCGACGCCCUCCAGCGCAUGUUCCGCGUCACCGCCGAGAGCGACGUCGCCCGCCAGACCGGCCAGGCCCACGACGUCCGCACCGAGACCAACUUUGCCGCCCGCAAGUUCUACUCCCAGCGCAACGUCUACCUCACCGGCUUCACCCUCUUCCUCUCCCUCGUCCUCACCCGCACCUUCUACAUCCUCCUCGACCUCAUCCACACCCAGGAGGAAUACGCCAAGCUCAAGCAGUCCACCGCCGCGUCCUCGCGCACCGCCCUCGCGGGCGGCGAGCUCGACGACCUCAAGCGCCGCCUCAAAGAGGCCGAGGCCAAGAACCGCGAUUUCGACACGCUGAAGAGCCAGGCGGAAUCCCAGGCCAAGGCCUACGACGAGCUCGCCGACAGGUACAACGCCGCCACCGGCGAAAACGCCAGCAACAAGCGCGCCGACUAACCCGUUCACCUGCCUCAUUUCUUGGAUGUUGAAUGACUGACAGCUCAAGUAUGGAAAAAGAAGCGUGCGGUGUAGGCAACGCUGUAUUGUAGACGACCGUCCGUACUUGCCAAGCUAAUCCUGAUACAUGUAUACUUGCCUCUACUCCCUCCUGAGCGCGAUGCGGGCCUGAAGUUCAUGCAAAGAUGCGAU